GUAUAGUGAACCGUUAUCUCCAUCUCUGAGUAGGACCUUGAUCGGAUAAAUAUCCUGCAGUAGUCAACAGUCACUCACAAGCUCUAAGAUAGAGCACACAGACUGCAGCACCAACAUGGCCCCGUUCGUACAUGUGGCUGCUUCUAUUUUGCUGCUGUCCACGAUAACGGCAGCGCAAAUGAGAGGGGACUUUUCACCAUCACAAGAAUGCCAAACAAGAGAUGAGUUUGGGACAUACUGCCCAACCACAUGUGGUGUCGCUGAUUACCUGAAUCGGUACAAGCCUGAUGUGGACAGACAGCUGGAUCAAAUGGAACAAAAAUUGGAGGAAAUCUUCAACCUUACCAAAGGAGCACAGGACAAAGUGGUCUACCUGAAAGACUCAGACACACAAGCCCAAAAACAAUCACCAGAUACUUACAUCAAAAAAUCUUCAAACAUGCUGGAAGAUAUACUACGAUUUGAGAAGAGCAUUAUAGCUCAGGAAGAUCAAAUAAAUCAACUGCAGGUAACCCUACAGGCUAAUGAGAAAAAAAUGGUUGAUCUAAAGCAAAUGGCUCUCCAACUGGACCAGAUAUGCAAAGAGCCCUGCAAGGACACAGUGGAGAUUCAGCCAAUAACAGGCAAAGACUGUCAGGAAAUUGCAAACAAAGGUGGUAAAGUUAGUGGACUCUACUAUGUCAAACCAGCAAGGGCUCCGGAAGCAUUCCUGGUCUACUGUGAGAUAGACAGCUUUGGAUCAGGAUGGACUGUCCUACAGAGGAGACGUGAUGGUAGCGUUGACUUCAACAAAAACUGGAUUCAGUAUAAGGAAGGCUUUGGGUACCUUUCACCAAACGAUAGAACAGAGUUCUGGCUGGGUAAUGAGAAGAUGCACCUGUUGUCUGUUCAGUCCCAAGUUCCUUAUGUUCUGAGGAUAGAAAUGGUCGAUUGGGAAGGCAACAAAAAGUACGCUGAUUAUGCCACAUUCAAAAUAGGACCAGAAAUUGAUUCAUAUCGUUUGACGUACGCUUAUUACCAUGGUGGAGAUGCUGGUGAUGCCUUUGAUGGCUUUGACUUUGGAGAUGACCCCAGUGACAAAUUCUACACAUCUCACAACGGCAUGCAGUUUAGUACACCUGAUAAAGACAACGACAAGUUCCAUGGUAACUGUGCCUUAGAGGAGGGGUCUGGCUGGUGGAUGAACCGUUGCCAUGCUGCUCAUCUCAAUGGAAAAUACUACACGGGUGGCAAAUACACAGAGAAAGAUCAUCCGUCUGGAACAGACAAUGGCAUUAUUUGGGCCUCAUGGCACAGUCGCUGGUAUUCUCUGAAGGAGACCACCAUGAAGAUGAUUCCCAUUAGUAGGCUGGGUGUUGGAGGCCAACAAGGUGUCAAGGAUUUUGGAGGCCUGGGAGACAUUUAAAGACCUUACCAGUGCUGUUCCAGUGGUACUGACCUAUCAUCUUGUUAUGUUGAAAUGCAAGAAUGACAUGUGAAGGACAGUUUUAAGCAUCUGUCCGUUCAUUUCCAUUUCAUUUUUAUUAUGAUGUUCUCCGGUUGAUUGUUUUACGUAUAUUAAUCUAUGCAAAAGCGUACUUUACAAAGCAUGCUGAUUUAAACGUGUAAAUUGUAACUGGUCUAAUGCACUGACAAUUAAUGAUUAAAUGUUUUCACUUUUUGUAAAUGAAA